AUGUACUUCUCCAAGGUCGCCGUCUUCAUCUCGCUCGCUGUAUCAGCUUUCGCCGCCCCUACUCCGGCAGUCCAGAAGCGUGCUCUCUCUUUCCGCGCAUACAACGACUUCCAGAUCUCUGACGGCGUGGGCGGAAAUGCGCUUGCGGAAGUGAACGAGGCCUUCCCGGUCGACAUGACCGACCCAGCAUCCGUGUCUGAAGAUGACUUUAACAUCCUGGUCGCAGCGCGUCAAACCUCAGAGAACGCAGAAGCUGAGUUCAAUGACGCCAUCGAUGCGGCGGGUGGCUCAUCAGACGGCGACGCCCUGACGGUUGGCAAGAUCAAGAACAAGGUGCUCAAGCUGCGCACCUUCGAGAUGGUGGUGCAGAUCCAGCAGGCACAGGGGACCGCCGGGUCUGACGCCGACAAGCAGCUCGAGGAUAUCCAGGCUAAGCUUGCCCAGAAUGUGCAGACUGAUGAGCAGAACUCUGGCAAGACUAGUCAGGGUGUGAACUUCACCGGGGAUGUGCAGCCAUAG